CUCUUUUAGGUCUGUUUACGAUGGCGAAGAGCAUGGCCGUUUCAUGGAAAAACUGGAAGCCCGAAUCCGAAACCACGACAGGGAGAUCGAGAAAAUGUGCAACUUCCAUUACCAGGGCUUUGUGGACUCUAUCACAGAGCUGCUGAAAGUUAGGGGUGAAGCUCAGAAGCUGAAGAAUCAAGUGACAGACACAAAUAGAAAACUACAGAAUGAAGGGAAAGAAUUGAUAAUAGCAAUGGAAGAGCUGAAACAAUGUCGACUACAACAGAGAAAUAUUUCCGCUACAGUUGAUAAACUAAUGCUGUGUCUUCCUGUUCUGGAGAUGUACAGCAAACUGAGAGAGCAGAUGAAAUCUAAAAGACAUUACCCUGCACUGAAGACACUAGAGCACCUUGAGCACACGUAUCUGCCACAGGUGAGCCACUACCGCUUCUGCAAGAUCAUGGUGGAUAACAUUCCGAAACUGCGUGAAGAAAUCAAAGAAGUUUCCAUGUCAGACCUCAAAGACUUCCUGGAGAGCAUCCGCAAGCACUCGGACAAGAUUGGCGAGACGGCAAUGAAACAGGCUCAGCAGCAAAGAAACCUGGAUAACAUUGUGUCUCAGCAUCCCAGGAUAGGUGGUGGAAAGAAAUCCAAGAAAGAAGUCUGUGCAGGCUCAGAUUUGGAGGUAAAAAACACUAGCCCCAUGUCUGAGCAGGAUUCGGGUAUCCUGGAUGUUGAAGAUGAGGAGGAGGAUGAAGAGGUGCCUGGCGCUCAGGACUUGGUGGACUUCUCCCCCGUGCACCGAUGCUUGCACAUAUAUUCUGUACUGGGUGCCCGAGAAACCUUUGAGAACUAUUACAGGAAACAGAGAAGAAAACAGGCCAGAUUGGUGCUGCAGCCCCCUUCAAACAUGCAUGAAACAUUAGACGGCUACAGGAAGUAUUUUAAUCAAAUUGUAGGUUUUUUUGUAGUUGAAGAUCACAUCUUGCAUACAACCCAGGGCUUGGUAAACAGAGCCUAUAUUGAUGAGCUGUGGGAACUGGCUUUGUCAAAAACCAUCGCAGCCCUAAGAACACAUUCGUCAUACUGUUCUGACCCGAACCUGGUUUUAGACUUGAAGAACCUCAUAGUGCUGUUUGCAGACACGCUCCAGGGAUAUGGAUUCCCUGUAAACCAGCUAUUUGACAUGCUGUUGGAAAUCAGAGACCAAUACAGUGAGACGCUCCUUAAGAAAUGGUCAGGAGUUUUCAGAAAUAUACUUGAUUCGGAUAACUACAGUCCUAUACCAGUAGCUAAUGAAGAAAUUUAUAAGAAGAUUGUAGGGCAAUUCCCCUUCCAGGAUGCAGAACUUGAAAAGCAACCAUUUCCAAAGAAGUUCCCCUUUUCCGAGUUUGUGCCUAAAGUUUACAGUCAGAUUAAGGAAUUCAUCUAUGCCUGUCUGAAGUUCUCCGAAGACCUUCAUCUGAGAUCACAGCAGAGGGCAGGGGGCAGCUUCCUCCUUAGGCUCCUUCUUCCGCUUCAGGACCUUCCCUCCUCAUGCUCCACCGAGGUUGACGACAUGAUUAGAAAAUCCACCAACUUGCUCCUGACUCGAACACUCAGCAACUGUUUACAAACUGUUAUUAAGAGGAGAAACAUAGGGCUGACGGAGCUUGUGCAAAUUAUCAUUAAUACAACCCAUUUGGAGAAAUCCUGCCGGUUCCUAGAGGAAUUCAUAACCAAUAUCACCAAUGUACUCCCAGAGACGGUCCACACGACCAAACUGUAUGGGACCACCACAUUCAAGGAUGCCCGCCAUGCUGCAGAGGAAGAGAUCUACACCAAUCUGAACCAGAAGAUUGACCAAUUCUUGCAGCUGGUGGAUUAUGAUUGGAUGGCAGCAGAACCAGGCAGCAGAGCCAGCGAUUAUCUUAUAGAUCUGAUUGCCUUCCUGCGCAGCACCUUUGCCGUGUUCACACACCUUCCUGGGGAUGUAGAUGCCCAUUCUACAAUGUCGGGUAAGGUGGCUCAGACUGCAUGUAUGUCGGCCUGCAAACACUUAUCCACUUCGCUGAUGCAGCUGCUGCUGGAAGUUGAAGUGAGGCAGCUGACACUGGGGGCCUUGCAGCAGUUCAACCUGGAUGUGGAAGAGUGUGAACAGUUUGCCAGAUCCGGGCCAGUGCCUGGGUUCCAAGGGGACACGCUGCAGUUGGCCUUCAUCGACUUGAGACAACUUUUGGAUCUGUUCCUCCACUGGGACUGGUCGACAUACCUGGCUGACUAUGGGCAACCUACCUGCAAGUAUCUUCGUGUGAACCCAACAACAGCCCUGACCCUCUUGGAAAAGAUGAAAGACACCAGCCGCAAGAACAACGUCUUUGCCCAGUUCCGGAAGAACGAGAGGGACAAGCAGAAGCUGAUAGACACUGUGGCUAAACAGCUCCGGAGUCUGAUCAAUAGCCACCAUUUGUGAGAGCCAGCAGCUUGGGAUGAAACUCUGGGGUCUCCAGCACGUGCCAAUCUCUGCACUGUGGCCACCAGGCACCAGGACUUUGGGAUUCAUGUUCCAAGAGAAUAUGUGUAUUUUUUUAUUCACGUGUAUAGUAUUCGAAAAACCUACCCUUCCGAAGACAGAAAAAUUGUUGCUAGACAAAAAAAAAUAAUCAAGGGAUCGCAUCGCAGCAUGGGUUUCACAGCUGCAGCAGAAGUGAUGCCAGCAGAUUCCACUGCAAGCUCCUGUGUUCAGGGGUUUCUCCCUUGACCCUAAAGACUAAAGCUGGAGGUAAACGUUCACUCCAAGAUGAAUUUUUUUACUAACCAAAUUCACAGAAUCAGUUUGACUUUAACUUAUUUAAGAGCAGGAAAGGAAAAAAAAAAGAAAGAAAGAAGAAAUAAGGAGUGUUGUAGUUUCGGAGGCUUUUCAUGCUCUUCAGUCUUUCUGCUAGGCAUGAAAGAGUGCAGCUUGUACAUUGGGCAUCUUUAGGGGAAAAGGGCAAAGAGAGGCGAAACCGUUCCCUUCUGUUCUGUUCCUGCGUGCGCUCACGUCGUGCCGCAUUGGCAGACUCCCUGCAGGUAGGUGGCUAGAGAAACGCAGGCAACAGAUCUGUCACGUCUGGCGGUGGGUCUCUCAGAAGGGACAGGCAUUGUCAUCGGGGAUAACUCUUGGGCUGCUGCUGUUUUUGACAAUGAUACUCAGCCCAGAGCGACUUGAGUGCCCCGCUGUCAUCAACUGGAAUUGGAGACAGCCUCAGAACACGCCUACUAGGAUGUCCAGUCCUCGUGGAGCCGUUUUUGCAAUGGGAAGUUAUUUCACUGUGAUUCAGCAUAGUCCUGUGAUGUCGGCAGCAGUGGGUGGUGGGGGGAACCCAGUCAAAUGCAUUGCACAGAUGAAGUGGGACAUUGCAGCGUGAUUUUUUGUUUUGUUUUGUUUUGGUUUGGUUUUUGUUUUUUGGGUUUCUCCUCUCAACUGGUCUCUGCUCUCCACCCGGUCUGCACGCCUGGAGGGAUGCAAUGAGAUCCUAAUGACUGGAGUCUGUUUGCUAAGUGCUUCUCCAGCCCGAUCCACGGAGCACAGGAGCGCUGUUGCUAGCGUAACUCUGUCCACGACCGAGAGAAGACCUGAACAGACUCUCGUGGACUCGCUGGAGCCACGUGCAGCUCUCAAGCAACCCACUGGAUCAACAAUUCACUGGGUAAAAAGUGCCUAAGAGCAAAAUUCUCCUCUGUUGUCUGUAGCAAGAAUCAGUUCCAUAUACACCCUCCUGUGCCAGGGAAGCCAAGUGGCGUGCUAUGUACAGAGAGAUUUACUCAGCCUGAUAAAGAAGAGACUUUUGCCCUUGCCUUGUAUUUACCCUCUUAAGUGUAACUACUCUAGGGGUAGCAUUUCUAAGGGCUCCCCCUUUCCUAUCAAGUCCAGAUGCAAACUAUUCUAGCGCUAGCGAGUCAUUUUUUUCUAUAAAAGCAGGCAUGCCAAGCUCCACGUUCAUCUACAACUAAUAGAAAGGGAACCAAUAAGGUCUUGAAUAUAUACAUAUCCACAUCAGUAGUGCUGCUUCGACACAUAAGCAAGCUUAGCACUUUUUUUUUUUUUUUACAACUAUGUAAAUGUGUUGGGAUUUAUUUGUUUUGUUUUUAACUCGUACGACUGUUGUUUUUUGGAAGCCAAAGCCCCUUUUCUGACCUGAGAGAGAGAUUUCCUUUUGCUGCCUUUUCCUCAAAAGUCUUGUGCUGGUGGCACUAGUUCACAUCCCAUUUCAUCCACAUGCUCAUUAGUCCCUGAUGGGUGUGUGGGUGGCUGGUUCUCCAGGCCCACGUUCCAGCCCACUUUAUUUCCACCAUGCGCAUCGGUGGACUGAUGUCUUUGCAUUUCCUUGCUACCGUGUGCCACUUAUUUACACACCAGUUGCACAAGGUGCGCAAUUUUGCAUACAUCUAUAGCAAUGGUAAUUUCUUCCCCACCCCAAUAUUCUCAGCAAUGCACACUUUUCCAAGGGCACCUAUUACUUUUCCAAAGGCUAAUAGCCAGGGUUGUAAGCAAUAAACUUCUAUCACUGCCUCCCUGUCCUGGCUACAUCCAGGUGAUGGGACAAGUAGGUAGUGGAGGAGUGGGCACCCGGCAAGUGUCUGAUGCAGAUGGGAAGGGAUCAGUGGUCACAUAAGCUGAGGGACCUAAAAACCAAAGAAGCAAAUGCUUUCCUCAAAGCAGGAGCAGAAGAGCGGAAGCUGGCUUGGCUCUGUUCACACCCGAUGACGCCUCCAGCAUGACCGCUUCAUCAUCGUCCGCCCAGUCCCCAGCCAUGCACCUUCCCUAGUUCAGGAGACGGCAUCCUUUUGUCCCUGCUUUUGCAGAGCUGUGUCCCGUGACUACUAGGUUUGAGUCCACUAGACACCUAAAGGCCACAAAGAGUAAUAGGCACUUUAAAAUACUGCAGAACUGAACUGCUGCAGCUGCUGGCAACACUAUCAUUGAGCAUCAGCAGGCAUGACAAAGAAGGCGCUCUGGCAUUUCCAGAUUUUAUUAGUGGGAGGGUAAGCUGUCAAAUACAAUUUUUAAUAGCAUUUGUCAGCCUCUGACUUUGCUGCCGGGUAGGGUGGCGGCUUUGCGGCACUUAUUAUUUUCCUCCACUCCUUGAGAGAGGAUGGGGGGGCAGUGGGAAAUGCCCUCCGAGGUGUAGGGCACCUUUGUGUCGGCUCAGCCCGGACGAUGGGGAAGGGUUAUCAUGCCGCAGGAGGGGUGAGCAGUGAAAAGGCAGCCAGCUGUUAAGAUCCUGCUGCAGGCUUUAGACUUGAGAGGGUGUUCCCAAGAGUCAUCUCCAUUUUUUCAUUGGGAAAAGGUCUGCCAUCAGUUUGUUUAAUCAUUUUAUUUAGAAAGAAAACACAUCGUUAGCAGAGUCAGGGACCCUCCAUGCCCUGAAUCCAGGCUCUCUCUGUCCUGUCUCCAACAAGCUAAAUUUAAAGAGGAACGAAAUGGGAUUGCCAGGCUUGCACGGGAUUGAUUUCCUCUCUCUCCGCAAGCUCUGCUUGGAGAGGCCACGCAACAUGUCUGAACCAGGAUCAUGUGAACCAUCUCUGGCUCUUGCCUUCAGGACUUUCAGUGGGGAAAUGCAGCCCCUGCCAAGUCGGAGAUUCAGUGAGGCUCCGGUUUCGGGAGGUCACCCACCUAACCGCAAGUCGCAUAACAGGGAUGAAAAAUGGAAUUUCGGUGCUCUGUUCCCAAUUAACUUUCUGUUCCAAGAGAUGCAGCCCUGUCCCUUCAAAAUAAAAUUAAUCUUUUAAACAGAUUGCUUAAAAAGCCCUGGAAGACAUGUCAAAUCCCCUCUAACGCUCUUACUAAUGAUUUGUAUCCUCUGAUACGGAUGGUAUUGCUUAGGAGGGAAAGAUUGUUAUAGCUGUGCGAUAA